GUAUACAUUUCAGUUUUGUUUUUACCUGUUAAUUUAUUUUAAACAACUGUGAAACUUAUAAAACGUAAAUUUUUUUACAAUUAAAAUGGAAGACUACGACUCGGACGAGGAUAAAACUCAAUAUGAAAAAUUAAUGGAAAGUUCCCACAAAAUUAAACCUGGAAUGUUUGUUAGCGGUUGGGAUGACGAUGUUGUGGAAGAAGAAAAAAAUCCUCAUGAGACUCUUGAAAAAGAAAUACUUUGGGCUGCAGAUCAAAAUAAAAUCAAUGUAAUACAUGAAAUUUUAAAAUUAGAUCCUGAGUGUGUAAAUUCAAGUGACGAUGAUCAAUAUACACCUUUACAUAGAGCAUGUUACAAUAAUUUUACGGAUAUAGCAACAUUACUUUUAAAAUAUGGGGCUGAUCCAAAUGCUCGAACAACUAUGGAAUGGACACCAUUACAUUCGGCAUGUAAAUGGAGUAAUGCUCAAAGCGCUGCUCUACUGUUGCAACAUGGUGCUGAUGUAAAUGCAAAAUCUGAAGGUUCACAAACACCUUUACAUAUAGCUGCAACAGUUUCGAACUGCCGCAAUACUGCAACGGUUUUAUUAAUGGAUAGGAAUAUAGAUGCAAAUGCAUUAAAUGUUUCAGAUGAAACAGCAAUGGAUAUAGCAAGAAGAAUGGGUUUAACUUAUCCCAUUUUUGAAAUGGGACAUGAUGCCUAUAAAUGUGAAACUGGAUUGAUAGAUUAAAUUUUAAAAGAUAUAGAUACUUAGAUAUUAAUAUUAUAUUGUUAUUUCAAACUUUCUGUGCGUGAAAAAGAAAUAAAUGAAUGGAUUUUUUUUAUUUAAAAAA